AUGCUCAGUUUAUCAAAACGUGCUCCACUUUUGCGCUACAGUGUCAGAACAAUGUCUUCCGGUUACGCUGCAGACGACGUUUUAUUCUCCAACAACAACAUGGCCCGCAUGAUUUCGCUCAAUCGGGUCAGCAAGCUCAACUCCUUGAACAACCUGAUGGUCACCAAGAUCAUUCCUCGCAUGGUUGAGUACUCCAAACUGGAUGUGUGCAACGCCGUCAUUUUGACAUCCGAGUCGCCUAAGGCCUUGUGUGCGGGCGGAGACGUUGUUGCAUGUGCACAGCUGGUAUUGGAUGGCGAUGCCUUGACGCCGAGCGAGUUUUUCCAGAACGAGUAUAACUUGAACUACUUGAUCAGCACAUACUCCAAGCCCUACGUUUCCUUGAUGGAUGGCAUUACCAUGGGUGGAGGUGUCGGUCUCUCUGUGCAUGCGCCAUUCCGUGUGGCCACCGAGAAGACCAAGUUGGCCAUGCCCGAAAUGGACAUUGGCUUUUUCCCAGAUGUCGGCACGACCUUCUUUUUGCCCCGUUUGGAUGACCACUUGGGCUACUACUAUGCGCUCACUGGCGAAGUCAUCAGUGGCUUGGACACAUACAUGGCUGGUUUUGCGACCCAUUACGUUCCCUCCGACAGAAUCGACUCGUUGGUCAACAGAUUGUCCAACUUGAGGGCUCCUACUCUCAAUGGUGUCUCUGACCCAUCCCUCAUAGUCAAGAACCAAAAGCUGUACUUCUUGCAAGUCAACGACAUCAUUGACGAGUUCGCCGACUCAAAGUUGCCUUCCGAGUACAAGUUCCACUUGAGCAAUGAGCAGAUUGCUCUCAUCAACCAAGCUUUCUCCAGAAAGACUCUCGCCGAGGCCUUGGAGGUGUUCAAGAACUCUGGCACCGAGUUUGGCCAAAAGACAUACGACCGUAUCUCUAGCAAAUCUCCUACCUGCACCACCCUCGCAUUCGAGUUGAUGAAGAAGGGUUCGAAGAACACCAUCCGUGAGCAGUUCGAGUUGGAGAUGAUCACUGCCACUAACAUCAUGCACGGUAAGCUUGAGGAGAACGAUUUCGUCAAGGGUGUAAAGCACAAGCUCAUAGACAAAAUCAAAGAGCCAGCCUUGCCUCAAUGGGCUCCAUUCGAUGCUUCCAGAGUCACGAAGUUGAUGACACAAUCCAUUUCCACUGCAAAGCUUCAAGACCCACUUCUAAGCAAGUUUUUCGGCGUCGACUUCAAGUUUUACCCAUUUAACAUGGGUUUGCCAUCCAACAAGGAUGUCGCUGACUACAUCACUGGCUCUGACGGCUCUAACAGAUCCUACUUGCCAACCCCAUCUGAGGUUUCCAAACAUUUCUUGUCCAAGACCAACAAGAAGUUGGGUGUCGAAGCUAAGGUUGAAAGAAUCUUGGCCAACCACGGUGAGGCCUCAAAGUACGACAACAAAUACGUAACCUGGGUGGAGUAA